UACCGAGCUUCGGGUCGUUGAGUAGGCGCGCUCGGCCGGCCUGCGUGCCCUCGAACGCCUCCCCGUCGCCGGCGCACUGCCGAACCCGCAGCCCCGCAGAAGCUGCCGACCUUCCGGAGAUCGCUUCGUCGGUUCGCCUGAGGCUGACAAAGAUGCUAGCAGAUCGAGCCCGGAAAUCUCUGCUUCCUUUGAAGUUACCAGAAGGAUUUCAGAGCAAAGUGGUUGCACCACGCAAUGCAAAGUUGGUUACAGAAGAAAAGAAGGAUGCUCCACUGACACCCUCGGCUUUUCUGAAAGAGAUAUCUCUCACAACGGAACAAAGGCUGGCAAGCACCCAUGAAGUACACUUGCCUCGCAUUAUUCAGCUUUUGGACAUGAAUGAAACCUCACAUCAGAAAUUCUCCUCUGUUGAUCUGGAUCGGACUCUGUUUCAACCAUUUCCAUCAGAAGUGGUUUUUCAAAACUAUGCCUCUUGUGAGCUCUACGAAGUACCACUGAUCCUGAGGAACAACGACAAG